AGCCGGGCCGGGGGCGGGGGCCGGGCGAGAGGGGGCAUUGUGUAGGGGAGCGCGGAGCUGCAUUUGUCUGCUCGAGGUGCUAGCCAAGCAGGCGCAGCCGUGGCCGGCUAGGGCUGGAAGUGUCAGCGGCGGCCGCGGGCCCGGCAGAAGGCCGAGUAGGAGGGACCACGCGCCGGGGGCCGCGAUCUCUGGCAGGGGGCGGUGUGCCAGCAGAACACCAUGCACAUAGGCGCCCAGCGCCCCGACUACCCCUCCCGAGGAAAAGAGGCCGGGGCCGCGCUGGGGCGGCGGGGAGCAUGAGGGAGGCCGGGGGACGGCUCGGCUUGGAGCGCUGCUAGUGAGCGGUGCGCGCCGCACACCCGCCUGGGCGCGGCGGAGGGCGGGGAGCCGGGCAGGUCGCGCCUGCGGGCGGCAGCCGACCGCCGGGAGCUGUUCUGAUUUCCGACGCGCACGCUAGGGGCCCGGAGCAGCCCCCGGCCCCGGCGCGCCGCCGACAUGGGCAACGCGGGGAGCAUGGAUUCGCAGCAGACCGAUUUCAGGGCGCACAACGUGCCUUUGAAGCUGCCGAUGCCCGAGCCAGGUGAACUGGAGGAGCGAUUUGCCAUCGUGCUGAAUGCUAUGAACCUACCUCCUGACAAAGCCAGGUUACUGCGGCAGUAUGACAAUGAGAAAAAAUGGGAACUGAUUUGUGAUCAGGAACGAUUCCAGGUGAAGAAUCCUCCCCAUACAUACAUUCAGAAGCUCAAAGGCUAUCUGGAUCCAGCUGUAACCAGGAAGAAAUUCAGACGGCGUGUUCAAGAAUCUACACAAGUGCUAAGAGAACUGGAAAUUUCUUUAAGAACCAACCACAUUGGAUGGGUCAGAGAAUUUCUGAAUGAAGAAAACAAAGGUCUUGAUGUUCUAGUGGAAUAUCUCUCAUUUGCACAGUACGCAGUAACUUUUGACUUUGAAAGUGUGGAGAGUACUGUGGAGAGCUCGGUGGACAAAUCAAAGCCCUGGAGUAGGUCCAUCGAGGACCUGCACAGAGGGAGCAACCUGCCCUCACCUGUGGGCAACAGUGUCUCCCGCUCUGGAAGACAUUCUGCACUGCGAUAUAAUACAUUGCCAAGCAGAAGAACUCUGAAAAAUUCAAGAUUAGUGAGUAAGAAAGAUGAUGUGCAUGUCUGUAUCAUGUGUUUACGUGCCAUCAUGAAUUAUCAGUAUGGUUUCAACAUGGUCAUGUCUCAUCCACAUGCUGUCAAUGAGAUUGCACUAAGCUUGAACAACAAGAAUCCCAGAACAAAAGCCCUUGUCUUAGAACUGUUGGCAGCCGUUUGUCUUGUCAGAGGCGGGCAUGAAAUCAUUUUAUCAGCAUUUGAUAACUUUAAAGAGGUUUGCGGAGAAAAACAGCGCUUUGAGAAGUUGAUGGAACAUUUCAGGAAUGAAGACAAUAACAUAGAUUUUAUGGUGGCUUCUAUGCAGUUUAUUAAUAUUGUAGUCCAUUCAGUAGAAGAUAUGAAUUUCAGAGUUCACCUGCAGUAUGAAUUUACCAAAUUAGGCCUGGAUGAAUACUUGGACAAGCUGAAACACACUGAGAGUGACAAGCUUCAGGUCCAGAUCCAGGCUUACCUGGACAAUGUUUUUGAUGUAGGAGCUCUACUGGAAGAUGCUGAAACUAAGAAUGCUGCCUUGGAGAGGGUGGAAGAACUGGAAGAAAACAUUUCUCAUUUAUCUGAAAAACUGCAAGACACAGAGAAUGAAGCCAUGUCCAAGAUUGUGGAACUGGAAAAGCAACUCAUGCAGAGGAACAAGGAGCUGGAUGUCGUUCGGGAAAUCUACAAAGAUGCAAAUACUCAAGUUCACACAUUAAGAAAAAUGGUCAAAGAAAAAGAAGAAGCAAUUCAAAGACAGUCUACCCUGGAAAAAAAGAUUCAUGAACUAGAGAAACAAGGGACCAUUAAAAUUCAGAAGAAAGGGGAUGGGGAUAUCGCCAUCCUGCCAGUUGUGGCUUCUGGCACAUUGUCCAUGGGGUCAGAAGUGGUAGCAGGUAACUCUGUGGGACCCACAACGGGGGCCGCUUCCUCAGGACCCUUGCCCCCUCCUCCACCACCACUGCCUCCCUCAUCAGACACACCUGAAACAGUGCAAAAUGGUCCAGUAACACCACCUAUGCCACCGCCGCCGCCGCCACCCCCUCCUCCACCUCCUCCUCCCCCACCGCCCCCUCCUCCUCCUCCUCCUCCUCCUCUCCCAGGCCCUGCAGCUGAGACUGUACCAGCUCCUCCCUUAGCACCUCCCCUUCCCUCUGCACCUCCGCUGCCUGGAACAUCUUCACCCACAGUGGUUUUCAACUCAGGAUUAGCAGAUGGGCCAAUCAAGCUUUUCUCUGUGAAAAUUAAGAAGCCAAUCAAGACGAAGUUCAGAAUGCCAGUGUUUAACUGGGUUGCUCUGAAGCCCAAUCAGAUCAAUGGCACAGUCUUCAAUGAAAUUGAUGAUGAGCGAAUUCUGGAGGAUUUAAAUGUGGAUGAAUUUGAGGAAAUAUUCAAGACAAAAGCCCAAGGUCCUGCCAUUGAUCUUUCUUCAAGCAAACAGAAGAUACCACAGAAGGGAUCAAACAAAGUGACAUUACUAGAAGCAAACAGGGCCAAAAAUCUUGCCAUAACUUUAAGGAAAGCUGGAAAGACUGCUGAUGAAAUAUGUAAAGCUAUUCAUGUAUUUGACUUGAAGACACUGCCUGUAGACUUUGUGGAAUGCUUGAUGCGGUUCCUGCCAACUGAGAAUGAAGUGAAAGUGCUUCGGCUCUACGAGCGGGAAAGGAAGCCUCUGGAAAACUUGUCAGAUGAAGAUCGGUUCAUGAUGCAGUUUAGUAAAAUCGAGAGGCUCAUGCAGAAGAUGACCAUCAUGGCUUUCAUUGGGAACUUUGCUGAAAGCAUUCAGAUGCUGACUCCUCAACUACAUGCGAUUAUAGCAGCAUCUGUCUCUAUAAAGUCGUCCCAAAAACUCAAGAAAAUUCUGGAGAUCAUCUUAGCCCUUGGAAACUACAUGAAUAGCAGUAAAAGAGGAGCAGUUUAUGGAUUUAAACUUCAGAGUUUAGAUCUGCUCUUAGACACAAAGUCAACAGACAGAAAGCAAACACUGUUGCACUAUAUAUCCAAUGUGGUGAAAGAAAAAUAUCACCAAGUGUCCCUGUUUUAUAAUGAGCUUCAUUAUGUGGAAAAAGCUGCUGCAGUCUCCCUUGAGAAUGUUUUGCUGGAUGUCAAGGAGCUCCAGAGGGGAAUGGACUUGACCAAGAGAGAGUACACCAUGCAUGACCAUAACACGCUGCUGAAGGAGUUCAUCCUCAACAAUGAGGGGAAGCUGAAGAAGCUGCAGGAUGAUGCCAAGAUCGCACAGGAUGCCUUUGAUGAUGUUGUGAAGUAUUUUGGAGAAAACCCCAAGACAACACCACCCUCUGUCUUCUUUCCUGUCUUCGUCCGGUUUGUGAAAGCAUAUAAGCAAGCAGAAGAGGAAAAUGAGCUGAGGAAAAAGCAGGAACAAGCUCUCAUGGAAAAACUCCUGGAGCAAGAAGCUCUGAUGGAGCAGCAGGAUCCAAAGUCUCCUUCUCAUAAAUCAAAGAGGCAGCAGCAAGAGUUAAUUGCAGAAUUAAGAAGACGACAAGUUAAAGAUAACAGACAUGUAUAUGAGGGGAAAGAUGGUGCCAUUGAAGAUAUUAUCACAGUGCUGAAGACUGUGCCCUUUACUGCUCGCACCGCCAAGCGUGGCUCUCGGUUUUUCUGCGAACCUGUUCUCACUGAGGAAUACCAUUACUAAACUAUUACUCUUUCUCACCUGAUGCUCUUAAAAGAUCUUAGAAACCAACCAUACAGACGAGCCGAUGCGGUGAGGAGAAGCGUCAGGCGGCGCUUUGAUGAUCAGAACUUGCGUUCUGUUAAUGGUGCCGAAAUAACAAUGUGAACCUGAGACCGGCGUGCAUGAAUACAGGGUGUGCGUGAAUGAAACUGCCCACGUGAACUUUAUGUGCUACCAUUUAACUGCAGCCUUGAACACACACAAAAAAUAAUUCUUAAGGGCUCAGAUUUAGCAAACACAAAAGAAUUUUAAAAUGAGCUCUCCUUUCAACCCUUGUUAACAAGUGCCUAAAAAUGGAAGUACCUGUUCAGAUUAAUCAAAGCAAUAGGAUUUGAUUUGAUUAGGUAUCUUUUUACACCAGUAUGUUGUUUUUUUAACCAAAAUGUAAAGUUCUUAUUAAACUCAUUACCUGCCAUGGUGAUUGUCCCAUCAUGGCCCACCUGGUUUCCUGAUGUUGUAAAUAACAUCAAUGCAUCUGCUGUGGGUCCUUUGCUGAGAUGUCUUCGAAGGAAUUUUGUUUUAGCCAUAUCCAUCAACUUUGUAUUUUACUUGCAACUUGGAAGAAGGAAAGUCACAUGAUGAAACUCCUUUUGUCUAUAACCAGGCCCUGGCAAAGUGCAAACAGGAUGCAAUUGCAGUGGCACAAAGGUCACUCAAUCCUUUAUUUCCAGUUUCACAUUCUACUACUUCUGUGCUAGAGAACGAUGCUCUGAGAGGCAUUCACCGGUAUGAAUGUGGGGAUAUAGUGUAUAAGACUUAUUUGCAGUACUGUGUUCUUCAGCUAGAGGCAGCUUUUUAAAUAAUGCAAGUGUAUUUAUUAGCACUAAAAUUAACAUCUCAGUAAUCAGCAUUGGCAUUUCUGAGGACCAUUAUUAAUUCUGAGAACAGAAAUUGGUGCCUUGCAAGGAAGUUUACUAGCUCUAUCAACAAGCAUUCAAGGUUACAUCUGCUAGCAGAGUAGUGUUAGGAACCUGGCCUUAUUCUCCUCUGACAAUCGCAAUUUUUUCUUAUUUUUUUGUAAAUUGGAGAAGAUACACUUGGCAUCAUGUAUCCAGGCUAACUUGUUCAUGCAUUUCCCAGACUACUUAUGGGGAAUUGCAGUUUAAGUUGCUGAAAAGUAUUAACAUGGUAUUAAGCUUAAAUAAUACGUAAUGGGACUAAAUGGCCCACUAAGCCACUGUUAUUUUUCCUUCCUCUCUGGCAGGGCACUUGAUCCAUUCCAAAGUCAAAAACUGGACUGAAGCUAAAUUUGUACUUUUCAUAAUAUACAUUCUGCUUCUGGCUUAUCUUCUUGGUACAUCAAUAUAUUAAUUGUAAAGUUUAUUGUAUAGUAUUUAACCGCUGAAGUUCCUAUUUUAUGUUGUGCUUACGUGAACCCCUUGGUGAAGGUCCCUUUUCCUUGGAUGUGUAGUUAUAUGAUCUUUUUAAAUGUACAGAUAUUUUGCUAUAAAAUCGGUGCAGUUUUUUAUGGUUUUUACACUUCUCUUUAAUUCCCACCUAAGCCUCUGGGUAAUAUUGUAAAUAUUGUUUUAAAAUGCAUCAGCCUAUGCUAUACAAUCUGAAUGUUAUUUUAACUUAUAGUUUUUUUAAUAUAUAUAUUUAACUACAAGGACAGUUUAGGGAACAAGUUACCUACCACAUUUCACUUUAGUGUACCUAUUUACAGAAAGAAAGAUUAAACUGCCACCUGCGGGCACAUUCCCAUAAAUGUGUACUUUAAAAAGAACAUGCCAAGAUUUUGUCUUUCUGUGGACUCAACAUUCACUUCGAUUAAAAAUAGCAAUUUGACCAAGUUGGACUUCCACUACAAAGCAGCUGUUUUCCAAAGUUCAGUGCUGACAUAUAUGUUAAAAUAACUGCCUAUUUAUUAAUCUACAAAGAGACAACGUUGGCAUGUUCUUUUCUGUCUGUUAAUGGGCCUGCUUCUUAGCAAUAUUAGAAUGUUUUAUAAAAGCAAUUCAUGUUACUUUUCUGGUCUUUUCAUGGCAUAUGAGCAAAUAAACUAUUUACACUACUA